AUGAGUAAUAAACAUCGUGAUUAUAAAAGUUCAUCGCAUUCUCGUCGAACAGAUGAUGAUAGAAAUCGUUCUCAAAUUGCAUCACGUACAGUUAUCUAUGAAGAACCAUCAUCAACAUCAAAUAAAACUUUAAAAUCUUCGGUUCGUCAAGUAAAUCCACCUUCAUCAUUUUAUAAUACAUCGACAACAACUAAACCUUCACAACCAAAACCAUUAACUGUUGGAAGUGGAAAACAAUCACGCGCAAUUAAUAGUGAUUUAUAUCAUUCAGAAAUUGUUGAGGAUGAUGAAGAUGAUGAAGAAGGAGAAAUUCAAUAUUUAUCGGAUGAAUAUCAUAAACGAUCACGUAGAAGAAGUACAAGUGAAGAUCGAUCAAAACGUCGUCAUCAUUCAUCAAGUCAAUCAUCUAUAUCGGAUGAUAAUUCUGAUGAAGAUGGUUCAAUAAAAAAUAAACGACACAAAAAUCGACGAAGAAAUUCAUCAAAAGAACAACGUUCACCUUCGGAAGAAGGAGAAGAAGCUGAAUCAGUAUCUGAUGCAAGUGAUGAUCAUCAUUCAAAAGAAGAACACCAAUCUGUGACAACAACUGAAGAUCAAAAAGAACAACGAACAAAUUCAUCUGCUGAUGAUCAUUUUCCAGAUGAUGAUGAAAGACAAGAAGGUGAAGAAGAACCUGUUCCUGCUCAACCACAUAGAAGUCGAUUUGAUGAUCAUGAUGAUGAUAUAAUAGAAGACGAACAAGAAGAAGAAAAUGGUAGUAGUAGACACCAUCGUCAUCAUCAUCGUCGUCAUCAUAAACGAUCAAGACGUCAUUCAUCAUCAACUCCAGCAUCAUCAUCAUCAAAAUCUGCAAUGACACCACCUAUAUUAAUUAAUUAUCCAGUUGAAAAAGAAUUAAUUGAAGAAAAACCUAAAUUACCUUGUUAUUAUCCAGCUAUUCAAGGUUGUCGAAGAGUUGAUGAAUAUUUAUGUUUAAAUCGAAUUGAAGAAGGAACUUAUGGAGUUGUUUUUCGUGCAAAAGACAGAAAAUCAGGUGAAAUUGUUGCAUUGAAAAGAUUAAAAAUGGAAAAAGAAAAAGAAGGUUUUCCAAUAACAUCAUUAAGAGAAAUUUGUUGUAUUCUCAAAUCUCAACAUGAAAAUGUUUGUACUGUUAGAGAAAUCGUUGUUGGUGAUGAUAUGAAUCGAAUAUAUAUUGUUAUGGAUUAUGUUGAACAUGAUUUAAAAAGUUUAAUGACACAUACAAUGAAAAAACCAUUUUCAAUUGGUGAAAUAAAAACUUUAAUGUAUCAAUUAUUAUCUGGUGUUAAUCAUUUACAUGAUAAUUGGAUUAUACAUAGAGAUUUAAAAACAUCAAAUCUUCUUCUGAGUAAUAAAGGAAUUUUAAAAAUUGGUGAUUUUGGUCUUGCACGUGAAUAUGGUUCACCAUUGAAAGCUUAUACACCUAUUGUUGUUACUCUUUGGUAUCGCUCACCUGAAUUAUUACUUGGAAUUAAAGAAUAUUCUACAUUAAUUGAUAUAUGGAGUGUUGGAGCUAUAUUUGGUGAAUUAUUAUUAAUGAAACCAUUAUUUCCUGGUAAAUCAGAAUUAGAUCAAUUAAAUCGUAUAUUUAAAGAUUUGGGUACACCAACUGACAAAAUUUGGCCUGAAUAUAGUUCACUACCAUUUACAAAAAAAAUGACGUUUUCUCAUUAUCCAUAUAAUCGUUUACGAACAAGAUUUGGUGGUGAUUCUUUAUCAGAGAAAGGUUUUGAUCUUCUUAAUAAAUUUUUAACAUAUGAUCCAAGUAAAAGAAUAUCAGCAAUAAAUGCAUUAAAACAUGGAUAUUUUGAAGAAAUUCCACGUCGAAUAGAUCCAUCGAUGUUUCCAACAUGGCCAUCAAGAAAUGAAGAAAAAGAUAAAACAACUCGAGGAAUUGCUGGUGGUAUUGAACAUAUAUCUGGUUCAAAUACAGCUACAGCACAAGAUGAACCAAAACCACCAUCAGGUGGAAAAAUGUAUAAAAAAUUAUUAGGUGGCGGUGAUGAUGAUGAUGAAUCAUAUUCAAUGGACCAAUUACUACCUCCAGCAGCUGGAUUUCAACUUCGAGGUUGA